GAAUCACCGUUACAAAUAUUGCGCAAAGUGAAGGUACCGAAUCAACUUCGAAAAAAAUCGCAAUAAGAGCUGGAGCUCGCUCCGGCACGAUGGAUCCGUCCAAGCUGCCGCUGUUCGCGCGUGGACGGAGUAUGUUGAGCGAGGCGCUGUCUCCUACCACUAGACGUCGUUUCGCUGGGUUUCUAGAGCCUGGGAGGCCGUCCGAGGAGUCCCAGGAUCAAUCUCCGUUCGCCUUUUCUCAGACUUCAAGCCCCGCGUCGCCCUUGAGACGCACACCGUCAAUACGACGUCGUUCAGCUUUGUCUGAUGAGGAUUUUGAUGGUGACAAUUCGAAAGACAGGAGCCUGGUGCGGAUCCGGUGCAAUUCACGGCCUUUUCGAGUGCAAUUGGCGCUGGAAAGAGGUCAAAUCGUGGUGCAUGGGUUCGACCGCAGCGUUGACAAGGGGAAAGUAGGGCCGCCGGGAGAUGUGGAGAAGUCGGGGUUUGUCCAGGUUGGCGAUGUAUUGGUUGGUGUCAAUGGACAGAUGAGGAGAUUCUCGACAUUGGAGAUGGCCCAGAUGACGCUGGCAAGUGUGGAAAUGCCAGCGGUACUUACGUUCAGACGCGUGUUGGUGGCCAAGGGGACGCUGGGAGAAUACACUGACAAGCACAUUGCUCGGUAUUUAGUGCUGCAAGACAGUGCAUUGGCCAGUAUACGUGGUGUUCAGGAAGCGGCUUUGCUGGUUCGAGCGUGCAUUGAAGUGUUUGGGGAGAGCAAGUCGACGGUCCCGUUGGAAGACUAUAUCGAUCACGUUGAGCAUGUGGUACUACCGUCAUUGGGUAUUUUAUCAAGUAACACUGGGGGUACCAGUAAACAGCAGUUUGAGCAGAUUAAGCAGGUUAUGGAGACGAUUCAUCAGCGUGUAGAUGCUCGGAAGAAGAAGCAGGUGAAGGCGUGGAAUGCUGCAAAGAGCUCGAACUACCGACGCAUUGAGAUUCUGGCUCGACAACGUGCUAGUAUCAAGGAACGACUCGAAAAAAUGCGCGAAAACAAGAAUGAACUACGGCCGGAGAAUCACUCACUGUGGUCCGAGUACAUUGAGCUGCGUCAUCUCUUCACUCAACUUAGCGAGAACGUGGAAAAGUCGAAACAAGAGCACUAUUUGCCAGACUUUGAAGGGUAUACGUUACGGUUUGGAAGUGACGGCAUCUACGUCGGCGUCGGAGACAUCUGGAUCCCUUCUUUUCACGCAAAAUUCUCCAUUGAGACGAGAUCGACAGCCCCUCAUUUGUCGCUCCAUAUCUCGACUCCAUCAGCCCAUGGCCUCAAGCUUCGCGUUACAAACUUCACGCUUGCGACUGAGGGACGUCUCCCGAGCUUCCAUUGUGAUGAACUGAACGUAGAAGCUCAACUUGUCGCUGAUAUUCCACUUGUCUUUGACUCCAUCUCGGGAUGGACAGUUCCUCAGGAAGAGCUAGACGUCAAGCUCAUGAGCUUCGUGUACUACGAGAGAGAAAUCAACAGUACCAAGCGGGGAAAGGACCACGAUACGAUCAUGAAAAUGUUCAUCAACCGGAUGCUUCCAUCCGUGGUGAGAGGCGCUGCUCAGCGAUUGUUUUGCGUCGAGCUUGGCCCGCUCCUCCAGGGUCGGGAAGCUCAGGUCGUAUUGUCAGGAGAGAUCAAGAUCAGUGGACGAAGACUGUCGGUUUACGACGCAGCGCUCAACAAUUCCAACACUGAAGUCAAGCAUGAAGAAGAUCGAGACUUAUCGGAGACAGCACGGGAGAUUAUGGCUAUAUCGGACGACGAAGCUGAAGUUUUGUACACCAUCUUCAAGACCUUUAUCGAUACACACAACAAUAACAAGACGCUGUUUGGCAAGGCUGAGACCCCCAGACUGUGUAUCCGCAACCUGAUCAGCUACUUUGAGCAGUUCCACCAGACUCCUCACUUAAAGGCGCUCGCGAGUGAACUGUGGGGCCAGAGCAUUCAUCUGCUGUCAGCGUCUUCAAAUUCGCCGUCACGUAGAGAUCCAGACACGCCAUUAUUCUCGUCGAUCAUAAAUACUAUCGAGCAGAUCAAGGAGUAUCCUGUGGACGUAUCGAUCUCACUUGUGGAUGUUACUUUCCGUCUUGAUUUAUGCGAAGGAGCGGCGACGUAUUACAUGGCGUUGCAGCGAAUCAUUCGCAGAAGUAUGGAUACAAGUUCUGUAGGUUUAUCAAACCUGGCUGAGCUGAGAGAUGGAACGUAUCUGCAGAACAAACUGGCGCGACUGGAUGCUAGAUACGAAAAAGCGACCAAAUUGCUGUCUUAUAUCGCAACCAACGUCGAUGUGCUGGGCGUGAUUUUCCGUGGUGUGCUUCCGAGUGGCUUUAUGAGUCGGUUGUUCGUCGAGGCUAGAGAAUUCUCUGGCAAAGGUCCAUGUUCUGGAUCAGUGGUGAUCCCUCUCACCGAUUUGGCGGCGUUAUCUUCACGUGACGGCGUAGAAAUUAAUAGGCAGAGUGCGAACGAACCUCCGGCGUGUGCAUUGACUAGAACGCACGAGAACGGUGCCUUAGUGCUGUCGAAGUUUCUGCUUGAUUCGCUUCAGGAUAAUGGGCUACAAAGUGAAGUUGAGUUACCGGGUGAUCGCCUAAAAGUUGCAGUGAAGAAUCCGUCGGUGCGAGUUUUAUUCGAAGUUCCAUCGGACGUAUCGCAGUUGGAACCAGGACAAACUCUCACACCAUUUUCGGUAUCUGUGGUCACUGAUGACACCACUCAACCUCCUAAGUUGAGGGUCGAGACGGGGGACUUCGGCAAGUGCCAAUACUCGGCGGACAGCGUGACGUUGAGCGGAACAGUGUGGCAGUUCUUGCAGCGGACUCAGGAAUCAGCGGACAGUGCGGUGGCCUCUGAGGGAAAGCAAGAUCCAUCGAACACUUCUAACGGAACCUCCAGCACUAACAGCGGAGAGGAGGCCAGUAUUUGGGACGAGUACUUGGAAUCGCCCUUUUUCAGUCUUCGCUUCCAUUUCUUCACUUCGUGUCAAGUAACACGUGAUCAUAUCUUCCUGAGUGUUGGUAGUGCCUCACUGACAGAGCCCAAGGUGGCUCAGCUCAAACACCGAGUCUGUCUGGGCCAGUUGUUGCAAGACCUUGACAUGCUCAGCGUCGUCGACUCGAAUGUUUCUAGGAGGAAGGAUGGCGCGAGGUUCCAGCACGCACUGCAUCAACGAGCUGCUGAUGCAGACCGACACGGUCCGUCCUCUGUUUCCAAUUAUUCACAAAGACAGACGCUGUUCUCGCAGUCAAGUUUCGCUUCUAUCGACGACUUCGACGGUACCAGUGAAGUAGCUUCGGCGUAUGAAACGGAGGUUGCUGAUAAUGACACCGACACACCUCGACGAAAUCAUCAUGGCGAAGUGGACAACAGUGCAGUUUGUUUAGCUGAAGACGACAGCCAGUUACCGCCACCCAUCCAGACCAAUGUUCGCUCCGUAGAUCGUCACAACAAUGCUAUUUUCUUUUGAGACGCUUAGAUUUCUAGUUUGUUUUUUUGCGAAGUUGAGGGAUACUUAAAGCACAGCACAAAAUUUGUAUUAAUAUGGAGGGUCAAAUGCUAGAAGA